GCAGCACCGCAUUGCUUUACUUUCCUGAGCUCUCGGUUCAGCCUCUCCAACAAAAGUUGCGUUUGGCGACUUAAAACUUUACUUUAUUGUUUGUGCUCUAGCUCAGUCCCUCGUUUGGACAACAGAGACGUAACUUUGAGACUUGGCGCUGCUCUUCUUUCGACUCUGUCGUCAAUGUGAAUAAACUUCCAGCUCAAAUCUGGGAAGCUGCGAGCCAAUGGAGCGCAGCUUGUAUGGAUGUAGAUGAGGCACGAUGCUAGCAAGCUAACUGGCUACUGAGGACAUGUUGUGACUCUACAUUCACCUGAAGAACAGCAACAAGAAUUUGAUCCACUGACAUGGAAGGCAAUGGAGAGAUCAGCGACACUGACAGCGGCAUCAUCCUUCAUUCAGGCUCCGACAGCCCAACAACACACACGAAGGAUGUGACCACACACACACGGGCCAUGAAAGUUAAACAUCAAGAUCUCCGAGACCGCCUGGAGAUCUGCAUACUGGAGCUGAAGAAACUCUGCAUCCGAGAAGCUGAGCUGACAGGCCGGCUGUCAGAAGAUUACCCUCUACUGCCAGGAGAAAAGCCUCCACAGAUCCACAGACGUAUUGGAGCUGCGUUUAAACUGGACGAGCAAAAUAUCCCUCAAGGAGCAGAGGACUCAGAACUGAGCUUAGUCGAUGCAGAAUUAGCACUUCAGAUGAAGAUAUAUGAAGCUGCACGCAAGCUCUGCGAAGAGGAGCACCUGAGUAAGGCUGUGAGAAGGAGCCGUUUACAGCAGUGCAAAAGAGAGGAGAAGAAACUCAAACAGCUCCAAGAGACGUCCUUCCAGCUAAGACUGGAGCAUGGUAGAUCAUCGCCACUCCCUGCUUUUAAUAUUACACAACAAGAUCUUGGCACAUCAGAUGACAGCUCUCUGUCCGACUCUGUUGUGCAAGAUGAAGAAGUCACAAGCCAGUCGUCUCAGCCAUCCUCAGGACUCCCUUAUCCAGUAGAAGCAGAUCCUCCCCAACCUCCCCCUGCAUCCUCACACUCCUCUGUAGACGGCUCCUACAUGUCUCCGUCUGUGGCUAAGCAAUCCCUGCAGCUGAACCUGCCUCAGUCUCCCCUCGCCAGCCUUGACUCCAAAUUGAGUUCAGACUCGAGUCCUCUGUACGACCUCCCUCCCAUCCAGCACUCCCCGUGGACAGAGUCUAGUCUUGACCAACCGUACCAGAAGAGCAAGAAGUCGCGCUCCUCCAGUAAGACGAGUAGUCCUGCCAAAACCGAACUGCUGCCACCGUUGGAGACUUGCUUAGCACAAGCUGGUCUGCCGGUCCAACUCUCCCAUCUGAGGCUGAGCCGAACACAGUCAAACAGCACUCCCUCCACACCAGAGAUGCGUGUGCACCGACAGCUUUCCCUCAGACUGUCCAGUGAAUCUUCAUUUGACAAGGAUCGCGGUCGCGCCAGGGGUCCAAGGAGGAGACUGACGGAGUACGCAAUAACUUUACCACAGACUCCUUUACCUCCAAUGAACCUGGGACACCAUGCCAACUCUGAGGAUAGCAACUCUGAACACUCGUUUACAUCCUACAAUAGCUCUCCAUGUCAGGAGUCGCCUGGUGAUUUGCCCAAAUAUCAAUGUGCAUUCCCAACAUCGAGCCCAGUUGCCGGUUAUGGACCUCCAGCUUUCUCACCCUCUGGUUUUUACCACAACCCUAGACACAUGUCCAGCCCCAAUAUUCAGAACACGUAUUACAACAAAGAGAUGGUCUACCCAGCUGAUAGGGACAUGUCUCCAAGCUAUUACCCCCAGCAAGCUCCUUGUUCCCCAAACAGAUAUGAAUAUUGGUAUAAAGACGCUGCCGUACCCCACCAGAGAUCACAGAGGCCUUUACCUCCUGAGGUCAGACUCACACCUCCAGCACAAUGGGACCAUCCACAGUACCGCUCGAACUGCCUCCCACGACAAGUAGUGAAUGAACAGCUGAAGUCGUGGCACCGGCGCAGUCAGCUCAAAGCCCCCAGGUCUCGUUCUCUGGACAGACAGGGAGCAGUCAGAAUGAAAAACACGUCGGCUCGAGAGUCACCGUGCUACCCGAAUCAGAAGUACCAUGACCAGCUUAUUCAAAGAGCAGCAGAGGACGUUCAAGGGCGCUGGGUUGUAGAUGACGGCACUCACUAUAUCAGCCAAGUGUGAAAAGAAGAAGCUGGGAUGAAACUGAACCUCCAAUUUUCUUGUUCAACCAAAGUGAAGCGGACAGAAAAUUGAGUUAGAUUAACUCUGUAUGCCAGAAAGGAAUUGCCUUUGUUCAUGAUGGUUGUCAUCAUCCUGUUUACCUGCCUGACUGCGUUCAAGCAAACAGAGUGAGGAUGAAAAAUGUGGAGCAUCGUAGUACAACACAAACAACGGCCUCCAGUUUAACGCAAAGUCACAGACAUCCUCAGCAAAGUUAUUUUUGUCCACUCUAUAUGCUGUUUUGUACUAAUAGAUAUAAUUAAGCAGUAAACAUUGAAUUGAAUGCUUAUGAAAUAUUAGAAAUGGGAAGAGGGAUGAAUUCAGGGGUGUUUUCAUAUGUGAAGACAUCACAUACGACAUACCAGUGUGUUGUGGUUAAAGAUAACAGGAGCUCCUGCACAGAAAUCUGCCACUAAAAUUGCUCAUUGUAGUUAGAAAAUUAGAAAUGUGAACGUUCCAUAAAUGUCGUAUCUCAUGUAAAGUUGUUAAAAGUAUUCUUAGAUGAAUUAUGAUUGUCUGGUAUAUUGCUUUUGGUAUGUAACUUUAUCAGACAAUAUAGUGCUGCAAUAGAUGUGAUAAUCUGUAACUGAAAACACUGCCGAUGGACUCACAACAGAGAAGUUUGCUUUUUGCAAAUUGAAGGAAAUGAAUCCACUGUAUAAUAAUGUAUAUUAGCAAAACAUCCUUAUGAGCACAUUCUGUUAAUAAUGUUGACUUGAUUGAAUCGCCACAUUCAUGAACUUGAGCUGCUUAAAUCUCCAGGUUUGUCCUCUUUACCACGUACUUCUGGAGGCAAAUCUGUCUUGUUUUUGUACUUAAAUGCGUCUGUGACUGUGUUUGUUAACUUGAAUUACUAAUCGACUUAAUCAGCAAGUUGGAACUAGAUGUUAACGUACUCACAUGGCAUACAAAGUAGCAGAUUAAGCGGAGUCUUGAUGCUUGGCAGCUAUAAGCAGGUCAAACUGAAAUUCUAAUGUUUUCAGCUUUAACUGUAUCUUUUCCUGUGUCUGUGUUGGUGCAGUUUUUGAGACGGCAGAUCACUAGACACUAAACUCUGGUUGGCACCCGUCACAAUCUGAGUGUAUUUAAAAACACUACCCAUAUGUGAUUGACGAGCAGAGGCCCACCUCUCAACUAGAUCAUUUGAGAACGAGAGUCAAUCACUGCAAAUUCAGCUACAGCUACACACUGCUCAGUGUCUCCCAGUGAUCUAUUUAUGUAUUAAUUUAUUGUGAUUUGCACCAUUUGGACCUAUGGAACGUCAGACUUGAAAUAAAAGACGACAUGGACCAGAGUUUGCGGAAAAAAAAAUACAGUGUCUAGUUAUGUAUGUAUGUUUAAAAAAGAAAGAAAAACAGACCACAAUCAUGUUACCCUUUGUGCCUCUUUUGUUACUGUCUUUUUUUAUUAUAAUUAUUUAUCGGGUACAUUAGUUUAGUGGACCUAAUGUGUUAUUUUGCUGUUGAGAAAGAUAAUCUGUGAAAAUGUUUUCCCUGUGGAAGUGAAUAAAGAGUAUCGUUUGGA